UGCUUAAACUAGAUAUAUAGUAGGAACCAUCUGCAUAAACCCAAUGUCCCGACAAGAUUCUUGCAGUCAGAAGUUAUUAGACAUGUGUAAAUCAUGUAAGUGACUGACUAAUGUCAAUUGGACAUUGGGUAAAAAUUCAAGUAUCAUGCGCUGCAUCAUGCUGUUCUUCUGUAGUUAGUCUGUGUGAGGAAGGAGUGGUGCAUGACGAUAGCGAAGAUGAUGUAUCCUUAAAGAGAGAGAGUGUCCAUGCUGAGUUGUGAGUUUCUCCUCCCGCGGUAUAAAAGCUCACCUCUCUCCAUCCUGCCGCAGUCUGCAUCCGGUUUAGAGAUGAGCUACCCACUGGACCACCUCUACGGCCACGGAUCCUACCGCAGGGCACCACAGGGCCUCUCUGCCCGGCCUGCCGCUUCCCUCUCCUCCUCCGGCUUCCACUCCCAGCCCUGGACGACCUCUCAGCGCCGCCGCCAGGCCUACAGCCAGACACCCUCCGCCGACAGCUUGGAGAUCUUUAACGGCGACAUGACUCGGAGGAACGAGAAGGAGAUUCUGCAGACACUCAAUGACCGUUUCGCCGGCUACAUCGACAAGGUGCGGAACCUCGAGCUGAUGAACUCAAAUCUGGAGCAGGAAGCGGCUGCGCUGCGACAGAGCCAGACCGGGCGCGCUACCGUGGGAGAGCACUAUGAGCGCGAGCUGGGGAACCUGAGGGGUCUGGUUCAACAGCUGACCGGGGAGAAGGCAUGCGCACUCUUGGAGCAAGACCACCUGGAAGAGGAUAUCCAGCAUGUGCGGACCAGGCUCGAGGACGAGGCACGCAGCAGGGAGGAGCUGGAAGCCAAGGCACGCCUAAUGAACAAGUAUGUGGAUGAGUCUGGGCUCGCACGGCUAGAGCUGGACAAGAAGCUGAGCGCGCUGCAGGAAGAAGCAGCGUUCCUGAAGAAGAACCACGAGGAGGAGGUGGCGGAGCUGCUAGCACAGAUCCAGGGUGCACAGGUGAGCUUCGAGGCUCGAGACACAAUCAAGGCGGACGUCACGAACGCCCUGCGGGAGAUCCGCGCUCAGCUGGAUGGCCACGCGACCAAGAGCGCAACGCACGCGGAGGAAUGGUUCAAAGUGCGUAUGGAGCAGUUGGCAGAUGCAGCUCACUCUAACACAGAUGCGAUCCGUGGUGCCCAGGAUGAGAUAGCAGAGUACAGACGGCAGCUGCAGAGCCGCACCAUCGAACUGGAGACCCUCAGAGGAACCAAGGACUCACUGGAGAGACAAUGCAUGGAGACUGAGGACAGACACCAUGGAGAUAUCCACUCACUACAGGAGACUAUUCGUCAGCUGGACGGUGAACUGAAGAGUACUAAGUGGGAGAUGGCCAGCCAGCUGAGAGAAUACCAGGAGCUGCUGAACGUCAAGAUGGCUCUGGACAUAGAGAUAGCAGCCUACAGGAAGUUGCUGGAAGGGGAGGAGACUCGGUUCAUACCUGGGCCAAGCCUGUACUCCUACUCCUCUGCCCACCUGAAGGGGGAGGAGCUCUCAGACACAGUCAUACUGGAGGAACAGACGGAUGAGACACAGGUCACUGAGGUGACAGAGGAAGCAGAAGAUGAGGAAGAGGAAAAGGGAGAGGAGACAGAAAAGGAAGAAGAGAAGGAGGAAGAGGAAGAGGGAGAAAAGGAGGAGGAAGAGGAUGAGACCAAAGCUGAGGCAGAAGAGGGAGAAGGAAAGGGAGUUGAGGAUAAGGGGGGAGAGGAAGUGGAGGCAGGUGAGGAGAAAGAGGAAGAGAAGUCUAAGUCACCUGAAAAGGCUGCUUCGUCUCCAUCCAAAUCUCCCCAAUCUCCCCCCAAAACCCUCCAGCCCAAAUCACCUGCCCCCAAAUCACCUGAAUCAAAAUCUCCCCUCCCCAAAUCACCCGAAUCAAAAUCUCCCCUCCCCAAAUCACCUGCCAAAUCUCCUGCCCCCAAAUCACCUGAAUCCAAAUCACCCCAAGCCAAAUCUCCCCUCCCCAAAUCACCUGCCAAAUCUCCCACCCCCAAAUCUCCCACAGCUGUGAAAUCACCAACAUCUACAUCUCUCCCCAGCAAAUCCCCAGAGUCUAAGUCUCCCACUCCCAAAUCCCCUCUCCCAAAGUCUCCUGAACCCAAGUCCCCCAUCCAGGAGAAGGCCAAGCCCCCUGCAGAAGACAAACUGGCCAAGCAGGAGAAGAAAGAGAAGGAACAACCCCAGCCUGUAAAGGAGGAAAAGAAACAAGAGCCAGAACCCAAGGAGAAGGAGAAAUGUGAGAGCCAGCCUAAAGAGGAGAAGGUUGAGGAGAAGACAGACAAACCAGAUCCCAAGGAGAGCAAGCCAGAUGAGAAUCCCAAGACUGAGACCCCAACACCUGCCCCCCCUGCUGCCACCCCGGCCAAGCCUGUAGAGGAAAAGCCCGUCCCCGCCAAGGAGAGCCACGGCCCUGCUAAGAGAGAAGAGGAGAAACAAGCCAAAACAGAUGACACACCCCAGGUAGAGGUGAAGCCUGCCCCCAAAGAAUCACCACAGAAAACAGAGAACACAAAGGAGAAGAAAGCAGAGCCCAAAGAGGAGGUGAAGAAGGAGGACAAGAAGGAGGCCUCUAAAGCAUCUGACAGUAAAGAGGCAAAGGAUACGAAGGAGGUAGGGAAGGCAGAGAAGGCCAAGAAAUCUUCUGGCACUGAAGUCAAAGACGAGAAAUCUUCUGGCACUGAAGUCAAAGACGAGAAAUCUUCUAGCACUGAGGUCAAAGACGAGAAAUCUUCUAGCACUGAGGUCAAAGACGAGAAAUCUUCUAGCACUGAGGUCAAAGACGAGAAAUCUUCUAGCACUGAAGUCAAAGACGAGAAAUCUUCUAGCACUGAGGUCAAAGACGAGAAAUCUUCUAGCACUGAGGUCAAAGACGAGAAAUCUUCUAGCACUGAGGUCAAAGACGAGAAAUCUUCUAGCACUGAGGUCAAAGACGAGAAAUCUUCUAGCACUGAGGUCAAAGACGAGAAAUCUUCUAGCACUGAGGUCAAAGACGAGAAAUCUUCUAGCACUGAGGUCAAAGACGAGAAAGCCAAGAAGUGAGUCACUAACACGCUGCAUAUGAGCCAGGAGAAGAGAGACGCCAAAGAACUAUCGGGAGGGGGGCUUCUGAAGCCCUAAGCAGCCUUUGUAAAGGGAAGCCAAAGGGAAGCAGAACAGAGCAGGAGACAAACAGUAAACAAACAAAGCAAUAGCUUUUCUCUAGUUACUAUCCCCCGGGUACUCAACCCUGAUAUGAUGCUUCUUCUAAUCUAUGACUGUAGUGAAUGCAGAAUGCUCUAAACUCUAUCUGAAUUGUAUCUAUAUAAUUGCCCGUGAAUAAUAAGUGCAUUAAAACAGCAGCAUUGCCUUGGCUGGGAGCACAGCACAGGACCAUGCACCUUCUAAAGCCUUCAAGGGUAACAAUGUCAACAAAUGUCUAUAAAUGAUUGUGACAGAUCAAUAUAUUGUACUGUAUGUGUAUAUUUAUGAAGAUAUAAAUGUGUAUAUUAUAUUAACAACUAUAAAAAGCAGAGAAAGACUACAAACCUACUCAUUGUGCAUCUUAAACAGCUCCCUGUCUGAUGGUUGUGCUGACUCACUGUGCUGUGGUCAGUAAUGAUACCUAGGCCAGUGAGGAGAACUCUGAAGUCAGGGAUGACUGUGCUAUGUAUAAACUGCUGAGAGUAUGCAAUACAAACUGAUGAACUAAUAAAAGUUCAAACCAAAA